AUGGCGGCAGAGCGCCGGGCCAAUCGGGGGAGAGAAGCAGCACGGGGACGCACAUUACCAAGAUGGCGGGGGCGCGCUGAGCUAAUGGGGGAGAGGGGCGGGACCGGAGACUCCACUGCUUCCAAAAUGGCGGCGAAGCAGAAAGCGAGUCGGAGAGCGGCUCCUCGUCCGGGCCGUGGGACUGAGGGGGAGGCCGAGCAAGUGCUGCCGCUUCAGGCAGUGCUGGUGGCAGACAGCUUUAAUCGGAAGUUCUUCCCCAUCACCAAGGACCUGCCACGGGCCUUGAUCCCUCUUGCUAAUGUGGCGAUGAUUGACUACAGCCUGGAGUUUCUUACAGCAACAGGUGUCCAGGAAACCUACAUCUUCUGCUGUUGGAUGGCACAGAAAAUCAAAGAACACAUUCAGAAAUCAAAGUGGAGUCAUUCUACAUCACCAAACACCAUCCACGUCAUGAGCUCUGAGUCCUACCGAUCAUUAGGAGAUGUCUUGAGGGAUGUGGAUGCAAAGUCAGUACUUCGCUCGGACUUCAUAUUAAUUUAUGGAGAUAUUGUGUCCAAUGUUAAUGUGUCUAAGGCGUUGGAGGAACAUAAGUGA